UGCCGUCUGAACGGUUUAUAGAGUAUAGAAUGUGGUCAAUUUUGGUGGUAAAGCCGUCGCGAACAGACUUUUGGCACCCGACUGUAGGUGCCCGAGAGUAAUACCACCGGCGAACCACAUCAGCUCCUCAAGCGCCACCAAAAUAAGGCCCCGGGACAAGUGUAUUCGGGGAUCACUUUGAUGCCCGGGAGUACCAUGAAAGGAUAAUCUUAGAUUGUUCGUCAACCGACAGCGCAGGACCGUGAGUACCCACGAGGCACAGCAAGUGAAACACAGAUAAAGGGAUGAACUCAACAAAGAAUGAAUAGAAAACCCGUCCCUGUUCGCUCUUACAGUCUUCACAGUGCAAUGAUGAUCUCUGCAAACCUGCUCAGCUUUUUCUGUCUCGCCGGGAUCCCACUACUGUCGCAGGCUCAGCAGAAUCAACAAGCGCCACUCAAAGAACAUCAACCUGAACUUGUUAUCCCUCUGACGCUGAGCGAUGAGAGAACCUACUCUCUCAAGUCCGCACUCGCCGGUGCGAGGCAGCUUUCUUUGAAGGCAAUCGAAAAGAUUGAGAGCUACGGCGAGAUCAACUCUCACCCACAGACUGUCUCGAUCAACAUUCCGCUCAACCCUGCCCAGUCAGGCACCAUAGCUCUCGGUCCUGUGGCAUCGAACACCCUUCGCGUUCAGCAGGAACUUAAGUGGGUGGAAACCCGUACGCCUGGCGAGAAUGUACCAAUAACCCUUAUUGGCAUUCGCAAAGGCGCCAUGGUAUCCAUGGACGCAUAUACGGCCCGCCUAGCGCUGGAGACACCCUACAUAUCUCUCCCACGCGAGAUCUACGACAUCCUCAUCCAAGCAACCAACCCUACACCCUACCAGCACGGUAAGGGCUACGACGAUGUCGUGGACUGUGGUGCGUUGGAGAGGUACCCGGAUCUGGUACUUGGGCUGGAACCUGAGACUGAUGAGGAGAAAGAUGACGAGGACAUUGUGGAUAGGGAGAUCGUGAUCACACCAAAGCAGUAUGUUCUGAAGACCGAGGAGGGGCAAUGUAUACUUCUGGCCCAGCGAGUCUAUCAGCUCGGUCGUGAGGAGGUGGUCCUUGGGUGGGCAGCAGUGAGGGGUAGAGACGUUGUGCUAGACUGGGUCAACAAGAGAACAGGUUUUGGAAGGUAAAGCUUGAGUUUUUGAGCAUGCGAGUUAUGGCUGUAU